ACGGGCACUCGGUUCCUGCAGAUUUCUUCCCCAUGGUGUAACCUGCAUAGAAGUACAGUCAGCCCUCCAUAUUUACAGUACCUGGAACCUAUUCCCACCUGCUAAUUGUGACCAUGACUGCGGGGAUUAUGUGCCGAAGAUUUGCAGGGCGAUCUUGCAGGGCGGCGGCAUUUUCAACCACAACUCAGGCUUGGAGGAGGAAGAUAUUCCCCAGGAAGGCAGAAGAAUGCCAGAGCGCCAAAGAGAGAGACAAGGAACCAAAACAUCCUGCUAUGAUCCGACUGUGGAAGCCUCCAGAAUACAGGGUGUCCUUCAAUCCCUCGGCGUAUCCAGGGGUUAAGUGUGUGUACCAUGAAAAUGUCUCUGAGGGUUUGGAGGGUAGAAUGCUUGAGAGUGAUUAUGGCAGAAUUGGUGCCAAACAGGUGCGAAAUACAUACAGCAUUACCUGCUCACGGAGGCUUUCAAGCACAAAGAACACACUGUUGGAUUUGGAAAACAAUAAAGUCCUCUCCCCCCAAGCUUUCUUGAAGCAGCCAACUAGGUUGGUCCCUGUGAAAGAUGAUAGGGAAACUGCCAAUGUAGAGGAUUAUGACACUAAAGAAGAUCCCAGGACAUUCCAGAAACAAAGGCCUGAAUACGGAUCUCUGUGUUACAGCAGAUACGAACUCCCCGAGCCCCUUUCCAUGGAAGAGUGUCAUAAUAUUCUGCAGAAAGUUGCUGUUUUCAAAAGCAGCCUGAAACCUGGAGCCAUUGCUGAUUAUUUUCUCAAACUGAGCUGUUUGCCAGAAGAACAGCGCUCAGCCUUGAUGUCCAACACCAGGUUUGCUAUGCUGUGCCGUUACGGAGUUGAGAACAUCCAAGCGUUUGAUAUUUCUGAGCUUAUUGCGGUUCUGAGGGCUUUUGUGGGCCUAACCAUUCCCCCCACGCACUCCAUGCUGAAUGUGUACGAAACCGAAUGUUGCCGUCGAGCGUGGAGCAUGAAUCUGGACCAGCAGCUGCUGGUGGCUGAUCUGUGGCGAUGUUUGGGGCGGGUUGUCCCACGGUAUUUAGAGAUUGUGCUGAGCUAUGUUAACCUCCAUUGGAAGGACCUCACUCUGCCCCAACUGGUCCAGCUGGCCUACCUCAUUGGUGAAGGGCGCAAAGCCCCUGAAGAGCUGGUAAAGAAACUUGACAUCUUGACGUUGAAAUAUUUGGACUCUCUCAGCCUGGAGGAAGUAGGUGCUGUUUGCUUAGGGUUCUUUAAGUCUCAAAACGGUGUUUCAGAACAGACUAUGAGAAAAAUUGGAGAUAAAGUAUCUGCCCAUAUGGCAGACAUCAGCAAUUAUGCCUUAGUCAAUGUCCUUAAGAUGUUUCGUUACACCCAUGUUGAUCAUGUGGAUUUUCUGAAGCAACUUGAGAACACGAUUCCCCCUCGGAUACCCACUAUAGGCAUUCAGGGCGUUAUGCACAUAACCCUCGCCUGUUCGUCUUUGCAUUAUCUGAAUGAAAAGCUUAUGAAUGCUGUUGCGGCUUCAGUGCCUCCCAGGGCAGCUUAUUGCCGAAGCAAAGACCUUGCCAAAUUGUUAUGGUCGUUUGGAUGCUUGAACUAUGAGCCACCCAAUGCUGAGGAAUUUUAUGCCAGCCUCGAGGAACAGGUGCACGCAAAGUUACACGAGUUUGACAGAUUCCCAGAGCAUUUGCUCACCUGCUUGUUAGCGCUGGCAUUUGCAAAGCGGUUCCCCCACGACUUGAUCGACUAUGCGCUGAGUCCCAAGUUCCUCAAACUAAGCAGCAGUAGUAAAUUUGACCUCCACAGGGACUUUUUCACCCUUGAUGGCACGGUGGAGAUCGAAUGCCCUGGUUACACGGGGCACCGCCUUCCCUCGCAGUUUAGGCAGGAGGCAGCAGAGAUGUUAUGGACCCUUGCGCAGAAGGAGAUCUCCAUGAAAGAAGAAGUGACUGAAGCCCUCUCUUUGCUGCAGGAUAUGUUGGGUGGGCCCCAGUAUAUCAAGCACCACAUGAUCCUGCCUCACACACGAUCAACUGAUUUCGAGAUUCAUUUAGACUGUGACCGGAAACCAUUGCCAUUUAACUCAGAAGCUCCUUCUACAGUAAAAUUAGAACUAAAAGAGAAUGGGGUGGUGCUUACAGAUGAUUUAAUGUCUCAGCUUGUGAAGGGGAAGCCUACAAGCCAGUCCAUUGUGAUUGAUACUGAAGACAAGACGGAUGUGUGCCUCCAGGAAAGGCCAGCAUUGCAGGAGCAGUCUCUCUCCACCUGGGAUCACUUUUCAUUUACUGAUGGAGUUCCCCUUACUGGGGCCAUCUUGGAUGCUGUGACCCAACCCAAGACACCUUCUGAGAGUCCUCUUCCUCCUCUAAACAAGGAGCAAAACGGAGGCAUGAAACUAGCUCUUCAGGUGUCACAUAGGAACCAAUACUGCUAUGGCUCCAAACACCUACUAGGGCUUCAUAGCUUGAAGAGGAGGCAACUCAGUCGAAUUGGAUAUGUCAUGAUAGAAAUACCUUUCUGGGAAUGGUUUCCAUUACUCCGUCGCAGCCGUUCUGAAAAACUGAGCUAUUUGCACUAUAAAGUGUUUGGAUCUAUGGUUUGAGAGAAAAACCAAUAUCACACAGAAUCAGAAUAUUAGGAAGCGGACAUGUUGGUGUCUUUAGUUUGAGCCAAGCUGACGCAAUCAGUUGUCUUUCCACUGGCACAUAACUGACUUUUCGAAACUGCUAAAGAACUGUGAUCUCUCCGCAGUGCCAAUUUGUCAGUAUUCUUGGAAUGGAUAAUGCUCAUAUCCAGCAUGUUCCCUUCUUAUAAAUGGAUUUGACAGUGACUCUUCUGUAAAUAAAAUACUUUAUGUUA